GUGGCUUGAGCGAGACAGGGCAGGAACCUGUUGCUGAGCACCGCGUAGGCGCUUCUGGUUACCCGAGCCGAGGGAACUCUCUUGCCGUAGCGCGGUGUGCAGGUCCAUAAUGAAUGAGAAUUGGAACUCAAAUUCUUCAGAAAACUGGCAUCACAGUUGGAGUGUCAAUGACACAAAGCAUUAUCUGUACUCAGAUACCAAUAUUACCUAUGUCAACUACUAUCUUCACCAGGCUCAAGUGGCGGCAGUCUUCAUUAUUUCCUACUGUCUGAUCUUCUUCCUGUGCAUGGUGGGAAAUACAGUGGUUUGCUUUAUUGUAACGAGGAACAAACAUAUGCACACAGUCACUAAUCUCUUCAUCUUGAACCUGGCAGUAAGUGAUUUACUAGUUGGCAUAUUCUGUAUGCCUAUCACGCUGCUAGACAACAUUAUAGCAGGAUGGCCAUUUGGAAGCAUAAUGUGCAAACUCAGUGGAUUGGUCCAGGGAAUAUCAGUCGCGUCUUCUGUCUUUACUUUGGUUGCAAUAGCAGUGGAUAGGUUUCGGUGUGUCAUCUACCCUUUUAAACCAAAGCUCACUAUCAAGACAGCCUUGGUCACUAUUGUGAUCAUCUGGGUCUUGGCCAUUGCCAUUAUGUCUCCAUCUGUGAUAAUGUUAGAUGUACAAGAAGAAAAAUAUUACCGAGUGAGACUCAACUCCCAGAAUAAAACCAUUCCAGUCUACUGGUGCCGGGAAGAUUGGCCCAGUAUGGAAAUGAGAAAGAUCUACACCACUGUGCUGUUUGCCAGUAUCUACCUGGCUCCCUUGUCCUUCAUUGUCAUCAUGUAUGGAAGGAUUGGAAUUUCACUCUUCAGGAUGACAGUGCCCCACACAGGCAAGCAGAACCAGGAGCAGUGGCAAAUGGUAUCCAAGAAAAAGCAGAAGGUCAUUAAGAUGCUCCUGGUCGUGGCCCUGCUCUUCAUUCUCUCCUGGCUACCCCUCUGGACUCUGAUGAUGCUCUCAGACUAUGCUGACCUGUCUCCAAGUGAACUGCAGCUCAUUAAUAUCUAUAUCUACCCUUUCGCUCACUGGCUGGCCUUUUGCAAUAGCAGCAUCAACCCCAUCAUUUAUGGUUUCUUCAAUGAGAAUUUUCGCCGUGGUUUUGAAGAUGUUGUUCACCUCCAGCUCUGCCAAAAACGAGCAAAGCCCAAGGAAGCCAACGCCCUAAGAGCGAAAAACAAUGUGGUCAUCAAUACAUCUCAUCAGUCAACCCUGAAACCUGUAAUUCAAAACCCACAUGAGGAAAUUUGCUGUAGAAAAAGUGCUGAAAAUCUCAAGCAGGAAUUAGUGAUGGAAGAAUUAGGAGGAGCUACCGAUAGCAAUGAGAUUUAAAAAGAGCUCGUGUGAUGAUUUUAAUUCUAUGUGUUAUAUUGAAAUAUUGUUGCUUUCUAUGGCUUUAUACUUCAAUUCUUCCUAAGAAUGUUCCAAAGGAAACAUGUAUAGAAAGCCCUCUCUGGAAAAAGCAAAGUAAACAAACUGGUCUUAGGUUCAUAACCAAUCUUAUGUUAUUUAAAAUAUGUACAGUGACUAAUAUACACGUUUGCUUGGAUAAAUCCAUUUUUAGGAACAGAUUACAAAGCCUGACCUUUUCCAACUUAGCUGUUUAUGUAUGAGUCAAGCAUGUGUAUUAUGUCUGUAGACACACACUCACACACACAUAGACACACACACACACACACACACAAACACACACACGCACACAGCCUCCAUAUGGUGAUAAAUGGGCAGUAGUU